UUGGGAAUAACGUGACUAUAUUCACCUUUCGCUUCGUUGGAGGUCGAAAGAACAUAUUCUUCAUUUGUUCCAGAUUCGCAAAUUAUUUGUAAAUUCAUUGCUAUUAAUAGUUUAUGUGUAUCAGUAUAUUCUAACAUAAUGGGUCGUAAAUUUUUUGUCGGUGGUAAUUGGAAAAUGAACGGUACCAAAAGUGAAAUAGAUGGUAUUGUUGCCUUUUUAAAAACUGGCCCACUUGAUUCAAAUGUUGAUGUUGUUGUUGGAGUACCAUCAAUAUACUUAACAUACACGAAAAAUAUAUUACCUAACAAUGUUAGUAUUGCUGGACAAAAUACAUACAAAGUCGCAAAAGGAGCAUUUACAGGAGAAAUAAGUCCUGCUAUGCUUUUGGAUAAUGGAAUCCCUUGGGUAAUUCUUGGUCAUUCAGAGCGUAGAAAUGUAUUUGGUGAAACAGAUGAAUUAGUAGCAGAAAAAGUUGCUCAUGCAUUAGAAUCUGGACUAAAGGUAAUUGCGUGUAUUGGAGAAAAAUUGGAAGAAAGAGAAGCUGGUAAAACAGAAGAAGUAGUUUUCAGACAAACAAAAGCUAUUGCAGAUAAAAUCAAGAUGUGGGAUAAUGUAGUUGUUGCCUAUGAACCAGUUUGGGCAAUUGGAACAGGCAAAACAGCUACACCACAACAAGCUCAAGAGGUUCAUGAAAAACUGAGAGAUUGGUUCUCUAAAAAUAUCAACCAAACUGUUGCAGAUACUAUUAGAAUUAUUUAUGGAGGUUCAGUAACAGCAGGCAAUGCAAAAGACUUAGCAAAAGAAAAGGAUAUUGAUGGAUUUUUAGUUGGGGGAGCAUCUUUAAAACCUGAUUUUGUACAAAUUGUUAAUGCUAAGCAGUGAGACUAAAUAUUAUUUAUGCAAGAAUGUUACUUAUCAAAAUUAAUUAAGGAUGUGUAUAUCAUAAGUAUUAUAAGGAAUUAAUUUACAUGUUUUCUUGUCAAUUGUAUAGAGAAAGAUUUAAGUUGUGUUGUUGCAAUGAAGAAUUAUUAUCCUACAAUUAAUAGUAAAUUGUACAUUUCAUUCUGUUUUUCCCAAGAACCAUAUAUUUCUUGUAAAUAUAUAAUCAUUAGUAACUCAAUAAAUG